AAUAGGAAGACCGCUUCCCUAAGGAGAGACACGCCCACGCGGAAGGGGAAAGCGAAAGGCGAGGCUGUGCGUUGCUGCUGUUGCUCAGCCGGACAGAAGCAACUCGGCUGCUGGUGAGGAGAGAGGAUGGCCCUGCGCGAGAGGAAGGCGGCAGUGUUCAGAAGCAAAGUACUGGAGAGACUCUUUCCCAUUCCUCCUGGUGUGGUUUCUUCAAGUGUGGAGGCAAGUACUGUUGCAAAAGCUCCAGAUUCACAUCAAGAAGGCUCUGAGAAUACAGCAGCUCUGUCAGUGUACUCCAGUUUACCAGAUAAAAAGAGAGAGGAUUUGACUCCAAGGAAAAUUUACACAGUAACUCCUCCUCCUGAAGAUUAUGUACCACCUCCUAAUGCUGAAACCAGUAGUGAAAAUUCGGAGAGUGAUGACGAUCAUGAAGUGGAUUUUCCAGAGGAGAAUGAUCAAGGUCAACCCCAGAGGAAACGUCUCCGAAAGAAGAAACGGAAGAAUGUUUUGCAAAAUCCUGAUAACUUACAUGGAGGCUUGGCAGAAUGUGGGAAGCCUGAAAAUCUGAUUGAAGAUAAGCUGCAACACACGGAAGGCCUGAAUCUAAGUAGAAACAAAAAGAGGAAAAUGAAAAAGAAGUGGCAGAAAGAAAAGAUGAGAGCAGCUGGUUUGUUAACAAAGCCAACUGGUAUAGAUUUCAUGUACAAGCCCAAGAUGGAAAAGGGAACAGACUUUGAAGAUACAGAUAAAAAAACAGACAGCAUUCUAGAUUUUUUGCAAGCAACGCAAGAAAUCUAUUUCUCUGACAGUAGGUCUCAAUUUGACCAAGCAAGAGUGAAUACAUGUAAGCCCCCAAGAGUCAGAAGUGUUGCCCAACCAUUAACUGAGCGAUCAAAAUGUGAAGAGUCAGCUGUGAGUCCGCAGAGCAUUCAUGAAAUUUUACACGGUCUCGAAUCUCACCAUAUGCCUUUGUCAGACGUUGGCCUUUUGCAUCAGAUGAAAGCCCUUGUUCUGUUGCGAGAUGUUGAGAGGCUUAAAAGUGCUGUGGAAGAGUUCCUCUCACAGUCAGUGAUGCCUCCUGAUCAUGCCAAGUCAAUCUCUUCUCUGUUUCUGUACUGGAUUACAGAUAUACUUCCCGGAAAGCACAUGAAGGAAGCAGAAUGUGCGCAUCCAUCUGUACAGAGUUAGAACUUCAUAUGUACCAUUCUGAAUUGAAUCCAAGAAUAUUUAGAAAUGGCAGUGCCACUGAACAGAUUGCAGCUGCACCAGGCAUAGCUGUGGGUUUCUUUUUACUGACUGUAUCAAGAACUUUUAUUUUAUAUAUGCUAAGUUAAGAGGGGAGCAUGGGAGCAUCUGUUUACCUGCCAGUACAGGCCCUUGUUUGACUUAUUACUGCAGUUGGGAUUCAUGAAAGGAAGAGUCAUUUGUGAGAAGCAUCAUAUCUUACCAAUCUACUUGGUGGCCAUAGCUGAAUGGAAAUGUAUACUUCCCGGGUGAUCUGUUUACAUUUUUGCCAGAAUCUGUAUUUUUUAUACAUUGAGUGGGGACCGAUUUUGUAUAAAACUCUAAGCAAGUUCAUCCUUUUUAAAUACAUAUCCUACUCUGUGAAUUGCAGGAGCGCCCAAAUCUUGACCUUUACAUAUUAUAAAGAUUAUAGCUAUUCUAAACAACCUGUCUAUUUAAUCAUCUGAUUUAGCAUUUUUCUCAUUAUUAUGGUCUCCAUCAAACUGCAGUUCACUUACCAUUAACCUAAAGAGGAGGAAAACACUUAAAUGCAGGGCUUCUGUGCCAUGAAUAAUUAUUGUACUGAAAGGUUUUGCUUGUUUUGUUUGUUUUAAUCAGGCUUGCAUUUGCUAACCCUACCAUGAAAGGCUGAAUCACUCGAAAUCCCUGCCUCGCAGAUCCUGCAUAUGGUUACCCUAGGGGGCAGCAUGUCCUAGAAGAACUUAAGUUUAAUAUCCAGAGGAAACUCCGUACAAUACAAUUUUUAUUUAUUUGUCAAGAUCCAGAGGUCCUACUUGCAGACAGGCAAUUCAAUCCUAUUUCCUCCAGCUUUUGUUGUUCCCAAACCUUUGACGAUCACAGAACAUGUCCUGUCUUUGAAUAAAAAAUUUGUUAUUUUCUGGUUAA